AUGCUCUCGAGAUUCGUAAGACCUACAGGGUCUGCUUUGAGAGCUGCUAGUUCCCUGGCCUGUCCAGUCAGCGCCAAUGCUUUCCAUGUCCUGUCAUCAGCCUCUGGCGAUGCUGUGUUGACUUGUAACAAACCCAAAAGAAGAAGCAAUAGUAGCAGCAGCAAAGCUCUAGGUAAAAAGAAUGGUUCUGAUAACUCGGGUUCCAGCACAAACUCGAAAGACAGCGCAAAAGCUACUGACUCGGAGUCCGCUUCGGACUUGUCCAGCACCUCCAGUUCGUCAUUCCCCUUCUCGAAUCUGUCAGAAAAACAGUUUCAACAAUGGGCAGAUGAAAUCCGCGAGUCGGAGCUUCCUGUGCAGGCCUUUUUUGCCAGACACCGUCCUUUACUAGUUAUGGAUACUGCUGAUGUAAACGCUAGUCGCCAGUUUGCAGACGAGUCUCGUUAUGUACCUGUCUGGAGUCCACGAACCAACUUGUUCGAGGUUCAACAAUCCAAUGGCGGUCACUAUGGCGAGAAUAGUGGUGUUAGUGGAGUUUCGUCGCUAAUUCCAAUGAAGGUUGCUAAACAAUUGGGUCCUUUUAAUAUUGAGCAUGUCGACGAUCCAUUAACUCGUUCAUUAUCUGGCAUGACUUUAAAUUCCCAAGGAAUGCCCAAUAAUAAGCGUAAUAAUACGCCUAAUAUGGUCACUGGUUGUACCGUCCUCAAUUUAAAAGAUGGUGAUAAGCACAGCCCGGAAACUACUACUGUCAUUUUCGCCCGUACUACUAACGACGAGUCACCUCUGCAGACGGUGAUUUCUUUCCUUAAUAACAAUGCUCCCGAAUCAUAUGCCACAACUGAGAUUUCCAGUUCGUCGCUAGCCAAUUUCGGACUUACUGGUGGCAUGCUUGACAUCACUGAUGCCGACGUCACCACCGACAUCAGCGCUACCUCGGUCAAGAGAAAGAGGAAGCUGAAAAUGAACAGACACAAAUACAAGAAGAGAAUAAAGGCCCAACGGAGUCUGAAAAAGCGUCUUGGCAAAUAA